UAAACUGUACAAGAAGAAGAAGCCUUCGAAAUGAAACGCAGAACAAGCUGAUAACACUACGCAUGUGCGGCUCAACACCACAACUACAGCAUGGCUGAGCCUGGGCAGAAACGCGCGUUGGAGAUGGUACGGACAGAUGGAGCAGAUGAGGGUUGUGUGACGUUUGUGCUCCAUGAAGAGGACCACACACUCGGCAACUCGCUCAGAUACAUGAUCAUAAAGAGUCAGGAUGUGGAAUUCUGUGGAUACAGCAUCACACACCCAUCAGAAAGCAAAAUCAACUUUCGGAUACAAACGCGAGAAGGAAUUCCAGCAACUGAACCUCUGCGCAAUGGGCUGAACAACCUGACUGAAGUGUGCAAACAUGUCUUGCAAACAUUUGAGGCACGGAUGAAAGCAUUCAAGGAAAAAGAAGAAUCAAUGGCAUGAAGAUCAACACUUGUACAGUACCGGACAUUGAUCUGCUGAUCCAGCUUCCUCAGGAUUAAAGAAUGUAGAAGCUUUAGGAAGGAAUGGAAUGUGUAGCUCUCAAGUAAAUGACAGUCAAACAUGUUCUUGGCAGUUCCACACGCAUUUUGUAUUUGUUUGAAUUUGUAUAUUGAUGUGAUUAUCCUUUUCUUUUCUUUUUUUGUGGGUACAUGAACAUUGGUAAAUAGUGCCAGCGCACUAAUAAGUUUCAGAACCUAUAGCAAUAGUAUAUAUCCAGUAAAAAAAAAAAGUAUGAAAAUAGUUGUAAAAAUGUAUUUGAUUCAGAAUAUGUUUUAAAAUAACGCAAGUAAUGCAUUUUCAAAUAUAAAAAUCACAGACAAAAUGUCUUGGAUUAAUAUUUACCAGCAGUGUUAUGAUACAUCAAAUAAGUGAUACAUGUGCUUUGAUCUCACAUUUUUCAUUUUGAUAUAGCAUUCCUGAACAAUAAUCAGUAUGUAUGUAAUGUCUUUUGCAAGUCUUUAUUCCUACUUUUUGAGAGAGAGCGAGAGAGCUUUUGCAUGUAACGUUCUCGUGCCACAUGUGGAAUUAAAAGCAUAGUUUACCCAAAAAA